UAGCUACAGUAAUGAUGCAGCAGAAAGGAAAAUUAGAAAAAUUAAAAUAAAAUCAGUGCAGAACUGACAGAAAUUUGCAGAAUUAGAAAGAAGUUUAAAUGCUCAGGUUGCUUUGUUAAGUGAAACUUUCCAAAUUAGCUUUCCCAAUUCCAUUAUAAUUAAGCAUCCUCUCCUCCUCAGCAAAAUGUCAUUAGUGUCCAAGAGCGUGUUGGAAAUGUCGUUUGCCGGUGAUGAACCACCGCUUGAAUACAUUGUCAAAGGAUGCAAUUUUGCUCCUUCGGAUUUAUCCUCCUGCUCCUUGUCAUCUCUAUUUCCUGUUAUCGAUAUCAGUCUCUUCUCCUCGUCUUCUGCUCACAGUAACAGCAAGGAGGAAGUAGACAUUGCAUUGGAAACACUGAGAUCAGCUCUCAGCUCAACGGGGUGCUUCCAGGCGAUAGGACAUGGGAUGUCAAGUUCAUUCCUUGACAAUGUGCGUGACGUGGCAAUUCAGUUUUUUGAACUUCCAGUUGAAGAGAAGCAGAAAUAUGCCCGUGCUGUGAAUGAGUCUGAAGGGUAUGGGAGUGACAUGAUAGUUUCAGCAAAUCAAGUUCUUGACUGGUCUCAUCGCCUCAGUCUCAGGGUAUUUCCUGAAGAACGAAGAAGGAACAAUCUUUGGCCAGAAAACCCUAGUGAUUUCAGAGGGACCUUGCUGGAAUAUGCCCUGAAGACAAAUUCUGUGAUGGAUCUUCUCUAUAAGGCCAUGGCGAGGUCACUGAAUUUGGAAGAGAACAGCUUCUCAGGCCAGUUUGGUGAACGAUCCCUAAUGCAAGCCAGAUUCAACUUCUAUCCAAGGUGUUCAAGACCUGAUUUGGUUCAUGGUGUCAAACCUCACACUGAUAGAUCAGGCAUUACAAUUCUCUUGCAAGACAGAGAAGUUGAAGGCCUUCAAAUUUUAGCAAAUAACAAAUGGGCUAGAGUUCCUGUAAUUCCUGAUGCUCUUGUCGUCAAUCUCGGAGAUCAAAUGCAGAUAAUGAGUAAUGGAGUAUUCAGAAGCCCAAUGCACAGGGUAGUGACAAACACAGAAAGGUUGAGGAUAUCUGUGGCCUUAUUCCAUGAACCAGAGCCAGAAAAAGAGAUUGGACCUGUGGAUAGCUUGGUGAAUGAGCAAAGACCAAGAUUAUACAGACAUGUGAAAAAUUAUGGUUUUAUCAACUAUGAGUGCUACCAGAAAGGGAUAGUAGCAAUUGACACUGUGAAAAUAUAAUCCUCCACUCUUCUAGCAAUCUACUGUUGAAUGUAUCAAAACUAUAUGAUUAUGAUCCUAAUGUAAUAAUGUCACAAACUCCUUGGAUUCUAAGUUCAUUGCAGCUCUGGGAGACUAUUUCCCUAGCUAUCUUGUCCGUUCUCGAUAUCAGGCUUUUCUAAAGCCCAAAAGAGUUCAAUGGAAGUUUGUCAAUGCAGCUCUACUGUAACAGCAUUUCCUGAUCAAAAGCUAAACAGAACAGUGAGUACUAACUGCUUUAUUGUA